UUCAAUGAGCAACAAUGGCGAAGCCUUUGAUUUCUUCUUGGCUCAUGAUUUCUUUAUGUAUCCAGAUUAGGACCUUAACAGAUAAAGAAGAGCUGGUUUUGUCACUGGAGAGACAAUAUCAAGAGGAUGUUGGUGUUCUAGCAGCACUCUUCUUUAACUACGUCAAACUUAGUCCUGGUGAAGCACUUCACAUUGGUGCAAAUGAGCCUCACGCAUAUCUCUCUGGGGAAUGCAUCGAAUGUAUGGCCACUUCAGACAAUGUGGUCCGUGCUGGUUUGACUCCUAAAUACAAAGACAUACAAACUCUUUGCUCAAUGCUAACAUAUAAACAGGCAUUCCCUGAAAUCUUGCAAGGCGUUCCUGUGCAGCCACACGUAAGGCGGUACAGCCCUCCAUUUGAUGAAUUCGAGGUGGAUUGGUGCUUGGUACCUGCAGAUGAAGUUGUUACCAUAUCCUCGGUGCCAGGCCCAUCUGUCUUUCUCGUUAUAACCGGGGAAGGAGAGCUCCACGCAGAGUCUCUGUCUGGUGGGAAAAAGGAGGCAAAGGAAGGCGAUGUUUUCUUUGUCCCUGCAUACACUGAGAUUAACCUCUCUACCCAUAAGUCCAUGCAGCUGUACAGGGCUGGGGUAAACAGCAGAUUCUUCAGUUAACUGUCUUUCGAUCGCAAGUGGACUGCACUGUGAUUGUAGGGCCUGUUACUGUUAGGCAGACAGAUUAGAAUUGGGCCUUGGGCCCUUGGGCUUUGACCGCAUGAAUGAAUGUGGUUGGUAGAUUCAUGGGCAUGUCAUCCUAUGGCUGUGACAGUCGUAUAAUAAUGAAUAAAACAAUGCUCCAUUAUAUAUACUAGCCGUCAACGCA